AGAGAGGGGAAGGAGAUGAAGAGGACGGCGAUGGACAACGCGAUUCGAUCAUCGGUGGUGGUUUUGGGAUCACUGGCGUUCGGGUACAUGUCACUUGAGCUUGGGUACAAGCCUUUCCUUGAAAAGGCUGAACAAUACGAACAAUCUCUUCAGUCUCAAGCUUCUCAGCAACAACAACAAGAUGGACAAGAAGAAGGGAGAUGGGACAGUAACAAUAUCGAGGGAUGGGAGGAGAAACGAUAGAUCAUAUGAGGACAAAACCUUUGAAUGUGAAAGGAAGAAACCUUGUCAGACACUUGCUUGCUUUUGGUUUCUUCAUCUCAGAUCAUUUUGUAAACUAUUCACCACCAUUCCCGGUUUUCUAAUCAUUCACUCAGUCUUAUUCUGAUACGGUUUAGUUAGGAAAUUACUGAUUAUAUUGAUAGAAUAGGAUAAUUGUUUACAAGGUUUGAGAGAAAUUAUAGAGUCUCUCCAUGAACAUGAUGAUCAAACUCUUGAUAAAAGAUCUCUCUAAUCUCAUCUUAUAUACUAAUGAGUAAUGGUUAUCUUAGGUUAAAAGAUAUUUAGCCUCCGUAUCAUAUUAUUCUAAUUCUUAGAUAUAGCCUCCGUAUCAUAUUCUUACCCCAAGUUUAGUACAAUUUCUCUAAGUUUUUUUAUGAAGAAACUGAAGGAAUUGUAAGAACACAAUCUCUGUUCUGUAAGAUAAUGGCUUUAUCUAAAGCAAACCAUGCAUUGUGAAGUCGAACUACAGUUACAGGUGCUGUUUGUUAUUCAUGGCUUCUUCUUCGUCUAUGUCUCGCACUUGGAUUCAUGAUGUCUUCCCGAGCUUCCGUGGAGGAGACGUGCGCGUAAAAUUUCUUAGUCACUUUCUGGAAAAGCUCAGAAGCAAGGGAGUCAGGCCUUUCAUUGACAACGAGAUUGAUCGAGGCCAACCUAUCGGUCCCGAGCUCAUACUAGCGAUCCGAGAAUCAAAGGUAGCCGUUGUCUUGCUCUCCAGUAACUACGCUUCUUCAAGCUGGUGUCUGGAUGAGUUAGUGGAAAUCAUGAAGUGCAGGGAAGAGAAUCAACAAAAAGUGAUGGUCAUUUUCUAUGAAGUGGAUCCAACUGCUGUUAGGAAGCAGACUGGAGAUUUCGGAAAAAUCUUUGAUGUAACAUGUAGGGGAAAAACAGAAGAGGUGAAACAGGCAUGGAGGCAAGCUUUGAAAGAUGUCGCGGGUAUAGCUGGUUAUCACUCUAGCAACUGGGAAAAUGAGGCGGAAAUGAUCGAAAAAAUUGCCUCAGAUGUCACGGAUGUGGUGGGUCUCACACCAUCAAGAGAUUUUGAUGACUUUGUUGGCAUGGAAGCUCGUAUCAUGGAGAUAAACUUGUUGUUGAACCUAGCAGCAGGUGACGUUAAGAUUAUAGGGAUUGUGGGUCUUGCUGGGAUUGGUAAGACGAGUACUGCCAGAGCUUUGUUCAACCGAUUCUCUCGUGAUUUUCCAUUCAGCACGUUUAUUGAGGAUAUCAGAGGAAGUAAAGAGAUGCCUUCUCUCUGUGGAUCCCAUCAUCAAUUUCAGUUGGAUUAUCAGAAAGCAUUACUGUCUCGGAUUUUCAACAAAAAGGAUAUUGAGGUUGGUCACUUGGGAGUGGCUGAAGAAAAGCUGAGAGACAAAAAAGUGUUGAUUGUUCUUGAUGAAGUGGAUUGUUU